AUGAUCACGCAGUGGAGAAGGUGGUGCUUUGCUGGACCAAUGUGCCUAGAGGAGAAAUAUACGAGGGAAAGUUUUCAGGUGGCAGAUUUGGAUGAAGCCACCGACAUUUUAAUGCCUCAAGCGCUGGAUAAAUUAAGGGAAUUUAUGAAAUUUGCAUUUGUGAAGCCUGUUCAAGGGGCUGGCGUAAGAGCGACAAAACUGGUUCUUGGCAUGCCAUUUUAUGGGUACGCGUGGCGUUUGGUGAAUGCCAACAACCACGGCCUAUUGGCACCAGCGAAUGGCCCUGCAAGUGCUGAUAAUGGGGCCAUGGGUUACAGACAAAUCAAGAACUUUAUUGCACAAAACAAAGCCGUAACUGUUUACAAUUCAACUAUUGUAACCAAUUACUGCUAUGCUGGAACUACAUGGAUAGGAUUUGAUGAUACUCAAACCAUUGCCGCCAAGGUUUCGUAUGCUAAGCAAAAAGGAUUGCUCGGUUACUUUGCAUGGCAUGUUGGAGUUGAUAACAAUUGGGCUCUCUCUCAACAAGCUAAACAAUCAUGGGGAGCAUAA